AAGCAAGCCGAGCCCUGAGGCCCCUCUUGCAGCCUGGCUCCAGCACUCCCACCAGCACAGGCUGCGGCUGCGGCUGCAACACGCUGGCUUUGGCACCACCUCCAGGGAGACACUGGGAAGGCCUGUUGGGAAAGCAGAGAGCAGUAGGGAGAGGAGAGGGCGGGGAGGCCGGGAGGGAGGGAAAGACAAAGAAAGGGGUGCGGCAACUGGCAGGCACCCGACCAGAGCAACAGUGACCUCAGCGCUGGAGAAGCCUCUCAGCCUCAGAGCCAGGCAGCCAGGGCAGCUGUGGGGCACUGAGUCCCUUUCUCGUCUGCUCUCUGCCGGCCACAGUGGGGGACCUGGGCCUCGCUGGCCAGCCGGGUGCCAUCCUCAGCAUAAAUUGGAGCUCUGGGCUCUUGCUGGGACCAUCCCAGGCCACAGCCUAGCUGCCUGCCUUCCUGUUGCUCCUGCUGGCUCUGCAGCCCUGUGGAGCUCUCCCCCUGCUUCUAGGUGAUGGAAAUCCGGACCCCUGCCGCCGCCCAGGGCAGGGCCCUCUGGGCUCUCCUACUGGCCACACUUGGCACCACAGCCAGCCAGCCACUGGGGGGAGACUCCGUGUGUACGGCCCGGCCCCUGGCCAAGUACAGCAUCACCUUCACGGGCAAGUGGAGCCAGACGGCCUUUCCCAAGCAGUACCCGCUGUUCCGGCCGCCCGCGCAAUGGUCAUCCCUGCUGGGGGCAGCGCACAGCUCUGACUACAGCAUGUGGCGGGAGAACCAGUACGCCAGCAAUGGGCUGAGGGACUUCGCGGAGCGGGGUGAGGCCUGGGCCCUGAUGAAGGAGAUUGAGGCGGCCGGAGAGAAGCUCCAGAGCGUGCACGAGGUGUUCUCCGCGCCCGCCGUGCCCAGCGGCAUGGGGCACACCUCCUCGGAGUUCGAGGUCCACGCUAGGCACUCACUGGUGUCCUUUGUGGUCCGAAUUGUCCCCAGCCCCGACUGGUUUGUGGGCGUCGACAGUCUGGACCUGUGUGAUGGGAACCGUUGGAGGGAGCAGGUCACCGUGGACCUUUACCCACAUGACGCGGGCACAGACAGCGGCUUCACCUUCUCCUCCCCCAACUUCGCGACCAUCCCGCAGGACACAGUGACCGAGAUAACCUCCUCCUCUCCCAGCCACCCGGCAAACUCCUUCUACUACCCACGGCUGAAGGCCCUGCCCCCCAUCGCCAGGGUGACCCUGGUGCGUCUCCGGCAGAGCCCCAGGGCCUUCGUGCCUCCCGCCAUAGAGCUGGGCGGCAGGGGCAACGAGAUCGGGGACAGCCUCUCGGUUCCAGAAACGCCGCUGGACUGCGAGGUCUCCCUCUGGUCCUCCUGGGGGCUGUGCGAAGGUCUGUGCGGGAAGCUGGGAGCCAAGACCAGGACUCGCUAUGUCCGUGUGCAGCCUGCCAACCACGGGGCGCCCUGCCCCGAGCUUGCAGAGGAGGCGGAGUGCGUCCCUGACAACUGUGUGUGAGCCCUGAGCCGUGGCUGGCGGGCCCAGUCGCUUGGUUGGGACCACACAGCGAGCAGGCCGAGUGCAGCUUCAUCACCUCUGAGCCGCACUGCUGACCGACCACUCUGCACAGACGUGCCUGCAGGCCAGAGGGGACGUCAGGACCAGGCGUCUCCUUUCUGCAAGUUCUCCCACGUGGCCCCCACACCCUAAGGUCCCUUCUUGUGGAGACUCAGACGUCUGCUCUAGCUCACGUCCGGUGUGUGUACCACCUGCGGCCAUGGUCCUCCGUGCACGUGUGCACAAUGCCUGGCCGGGUGCCCUGCAGGACAGCCACCCACCCCAGGCCCAGGGGCCGAGCCUCACGUGCUGGCUGUGAAAUACCUCGGUCCUGGUGCCCAGGCGGCCGCUGGCACAGGAGCCCUGAACUCAUGCCUGCUCCUCAGAGCAAGGCUGCCCCGGGCACUGGCUGCUCCUGGCAUCCCAGCAGUGAUGCUAGGGGAGAUGAAUAAAGGGGGGCAGGCUGGGACACCGCACCUGGCAUUGUCACAUGACUGAUCUGUGCACUUGAAUAAAGACAAUCUGUUUCCUGACA